AUGAGUGAGACCAUACAUCACAGCACACAAUACCACCACAUCAUUGAAGACAACGCCCAUACCUGCCGUCAACAACACUUGACAGACAUAUCAUUGAAUAGACGUCUGAAGCGAUCGAUUGCUCGCAAAACCAAAGAGAUGUUGAAUUUGGGCCAAAUAUUUCCCGACGUGAGGGCGGAGUCGACCGCCGGUGCCAUCCAUUUGUACGAGUAUUUGGGCGACAAUUGGGGUCUGAUUUUGUCGCACCCGAAGGACUUCACUCCCGUCUGUACGACAGAAAUCGGGAGACUUUCGCAACUCAAGCCUGAGUUUGACAAAAGAGGUGUCAAAGUAUUGCUAAUUAGUUGCGAUUCCGUCGACGACCACAACCUCUGGGCCCAAGACGUGGCCCAAUAUUGCGGCGCUAAAGUGCCAUAUCCUAUGAUCGGCGAUGAAAGCGGACAAAUAGCCACUCAAAUAGGAAUGUUAGAUAAGCUGGUGAUUCCGUCACUGAUGGUUCCGCCGCCACAUCUGGCGCCUCCCGAUUACGAAGAGGCGACCAAAAGUUGCGCCCCUCCUGACUACGAGACGGCCACCAAAUCCAACGAAUUCAAGUUCGUUCCCAACAUUACAACCAACCCCUCUAUACCCCCGACACCACCGCCGCCUCCAAUGGACACUACUUCACAACAAUCGACACAAUUGUCAAACACAGCACCGAAUGUAUCCAUACCUGAAUCAAGUGUUGCCUAA